AGAUGUGGAGAGAUUGAGAUGAUAAAUAAAAAAAACCUAGAGAGGAAACCCUAAACAUCAAACCAAACGAGGAGACAGAAUCUAACCUUAACCCUAUUUAUUUACAUAGAAGAAGAAGAAAUCCCCUAAUUUAAUCUCGAUUGAGAAAAGAAAAGAAGAAAAAAGCCCUAAAUUUAAUAUUGUAUUAUAAAGAUGGGGAAAAAGAAGAAGAGAGCUUCAAAAGUAUGGUGUUAUUACUGUGAAAGAGAAUUUGACGAUGAAAAGAUAUUAGUACAACAUCAAAAGGCUAGACAUUUUAAAUGCCAUGUUUGUCAUAAAAAGCUUUCAACAGCUGGUGGAAUGUCUAUUCAUGUUCUUCAAGUUCAUAAGGAAUCUGUUACCAAGGUACCUAAUGCUAAGCCUGAUCGGGAAUCAACUGAAAUUGAGAUAUUUGGAAUGCAAGGAAUUCCUCCAGAAAUUCUGGCAGCUCAUUAUGGAGAACAAGAUGAAGAUGUCCCAUCAAAGUUAGCUAAAAUGGAAACUCCACAUUCCAAUUAUGGUGGUGGUAUGGUGCCAGGUCCAGCUGGUAUUGAGUUUCCUCCACAGUCGCAUUUUGGUGCAAUGCAGCCUAUUUACAACUCCGCAAUGGCAGUGCCGCCUCCAGGUUGGCCGCUUCCUCCUCGUCCACAACCUUGGUUUCCACAGCAGCAGCGACCACUAGUUUCAAUGCCUCAUAUGCCACCUAUGGGAUUAACACAAGUUCAGCAACCUUUAUUUCCUAUCCAGAACGUGAAACCCCCUAUGGGAUCAACCACAUCAUCCCCUGCAAUUCCACCACCACUUCAUAUUACUCCACCUGGACUUCCCUCACCAGCACCUUCUCAACCUGUCUCGCAACCCCUAUUCCCUGUUAGUGGUAACAAUAUUGCUGCGUCAAUUCAAAGCUCACCUUUUUCUACACCUGACAUUUCUGCUACAACUCCUUUAAGCUCUUCACUGGAACUUAGAAACUCAGUGGACAUCUAUUCCAGUGUGAAUGCAAAUAGCUACCGCGAUCCGAACAUCCAAGGUGGCCCUUUGAUAAAUUCGCAUUCAUAUGCUUCUGGUCCCAAUACGAGUGGUCCUUCAAUCGGCCCGCCUCCCGUAAUCUCUAAUAAAGCUCCUGCUACACAACCUGCCACAAAUGAGGUCUAUUUAGUUUGGGAUGAUGAGGCGAUGUCCAUGGAAGAAAGAAGAAUGUCUUUGGCGAAGUAUCAGGUGCAUGACGAAACUAGCCAGAUGAACUCCAUUGAUGCAGCCAUAGAUAGAAGGAUAUCAGAAAGCAGGCUUGCUGGGCGAAUGGCGUUUUGAGUGAAACAUCAAAUGGAAUGUUAGAACUCAGAAGCCAUGUUAUCAUCUCUAUCACUUGAUCUCUUUUGCUUUCAAGGGAAGGGAAGUUCAUAGAGACUCUUGAAACUUGCAUGGAACAGGAAGGUGUGAUCCUUGAUCUUUUUGCACUGUGUUUUUCUUGAAGAGAAAAAGAGGAAGAUUCUUCAGUAUACAGUAGACGUGAAUAGAGUAAGCCAGCAUUUUAUUGUAUUAAAUGUUUUUUUAUUAGGAUCUGUGUUCCUUUUAUCAGGAUAAUGUUUCAUAGAAAUACCUUUAGGUCUACUAAAUGGUCAAUCAAAAGUUUCACAAUUUUUUUUUUCUUUUUCGUCU